AUGCCUCGGCCAGACUUCACGCGUCUGACCGAUACUCCCAACUUAGCGGAGCGAAGACAAAGAUCGACACCAACACCAGUGCGGGUGGGAGAAAACAAGCCGAGGAUGGAGAAGAAUAUCCCCAAUCGGCCUGUGCCAGAGGCCGCACCCUAUCCCGUAUCCCCCCUCAGUCCGAUGGAAAUGUAUGAGGCUAGUGACAUGAGAGUCAGCGAUUAUUCUAGCGGGCAGCAUAUCACUUCACCCUCAAGGCCAGAUCCGCUCAGACUUCGAGCGGAUGCAGACUAUCAAGAAGCCGUGCCUGGCAAUGGCAACGUGAUGGGUAUGUAUGACUCGUUGGUACAGCACCUACCGGAAGUGCCUCGCGGGCAUGGACACCAGCCACAGCGAUCCAAAAGCACUCUCGACGGGUUUAGUCGUGGAGACAAUUCCAGUUCUUAUUCUCGCUCGCCCCAGAAGGGAGCAUCCAAUUCUCGAGAAGUGAAUGAUAGCCCGCCUUUUUCCCCAUUCCCUUUCUAUUAUCGUGAAAAGGGUAUCCCCGUUGAGAAAAGAGGAGGGAAGACGAUGAUUGGGGAAGGAGGUUGGUUGGAGCGGACAGAUGUCAAGCCAGACACGGUGGGCCAGGGUGCGAAGAAACCAGGGAUCCUGGAUGGGAUCAAGAAAAUGGCCAAAGACAUUUCCGAGUUCCACCAUUCUGGGCGGCGGUCCAAGAAAGUUCCAGGCACCCAGAUGGCCGUUUCUCUUGAUGCGAGAGAGCAGAGUCUAUUGUAUUGUGAAUUAGAGUUCCAUCUUACCAAUUCUAUCAAUGGCUACAUUGCAGGCGAGCUGGGCAAGGGUCGUUUGGAUACGGACAAGCUGAAGAAAAUCAGUGAUGCUUGGCUCCAGCAAGGCCGUCCAAAGGUCGUCGGCUUUCGAUACGAUCUAGAAACACAGCUCGAUCUAGUCAACUUACACAUUGACGAGUUUGUCUUCCAUGGGCGUCGUCAAGGUAAUCCAGCAGAGAUUGUAGGUCUUCUACAUUCGAUGAAGACGAAUGCCCGAGCUAUGAGGGUGCGGACCUUCUGCCAUCCAGACGCAGUCAUUGCGAGACAGCUCGUGGAUACCCAGUCGUUGUUCAAUCUCCUUGGUGUAAGUAAGAGUGAGCACAUGGCACUUGCCGAGAUUGGACAAUUCUUCAAAGCCUGCAUUGAGAGAGAAGAUCAAGUGAGCAGAUGA